AUGAUAUCCUUGAAACGUUCGGAACCAUCCCGUCACGCAGGCAACGCAAGAAAUGUUCAGCGUUCUUCAAGGCCAUUCUCUUCACCUGAGAUCAAGGUCUAUGUGACAUAUAAGAACUGCGGUUUCCUCCAUCGAGAUAUCAAACCACCAAAUUUCGCCAUAGGACGAGAAGAAGACAACAGUCAGCAAACCAUCUUCAUUCUAGAUUUUGGGCUGUGUCGACGGUAU